UUCCGGUGCCCCCGCCGCCCCGCUCCCUCCCGGUGCUAACACCGUCGGGCUUGGCUGUGGGAGCGUAAUGGCGGUGCACCGGGGACCCUCUACGAAAUGGCUCUUCACCCGGGAGCAGCUGGAAAACACCCCGUCCAGGCGCUGCGGAAUCGAGGCUGACCGGGAGCUCUCCUACCGGCAGCAGGCCGCCAACUUAAUCCAAGACAUAGGCCAGAGACUCAACGUGUCUCAACUAAUAAUCAACACUGCUAUAGUUUAUAUGCAUAGGUUUUAUAUGAUCCACUCUUUCUCCAAAUUCCAUAGAAAUAUCAUUUCUCAGACCACGUUGUUCCUGGCAGCUAAAGUUGAGGAGCAGCCCAGGAAGCUGGAGCAUGUCAUUAAAAUAGCCCAUGCCUGCAUUAACCCACAAGAGCCUGCUCUAGACACUAAAAGCAACGCAUUCCAGCAGCAGGCACAAGAGCUCGUAGCUCUGGAAACAAUAGUGCUGCAAACGCUGGGUUUUGAAAUAACAGUUGAUCAUCCACACACAGAUGUUGUGAGAUGUUCCCAGCUAGUGCGAGCAAGCAAGGAUUUGGCACAGACUUCCUAUUUCAUGGCUACCAACAGUUUGCACCUCACCACCUUCUGCCUGCAGUACAGGCCCACGGUUGUUGCAUGUGUCUGCAUCCAUUUGGCCUGUAAGUGGUCCAACUGGGAGAUUCCCGUGUCCACAGAUGGCAAACACUGGUGGGAGUAUGUGGACCGCACCGUAACGUUACAGCUGCUCGACGAGCUCACGCACGAGUUCCUUCAGAUCCUGGAGAAGACGCCCAGCAAGCUGAAGAGGAUACGAAACUGGAGAGCCAUUCAAGCAGCUAAGAAGCCAAAGACAGAGGGCCUGACCGUGGACAGUGCCUUCCAGGGGACGUCCUUAGAUAGCCUUCCUGGGGUUACUAACUCCUUCUUCCCCUCCACCUCAGCGUCAGACUCUGCAGACAUGCCCACCCUGAACAGCAUUGCAGCCCCUUACGCCUCCUACCAGCCACUGAACGACCAGUCAAAGACCUGUGGCUACGACCAGUUCUCCCAGGCUCCCCACUCAGACUUCACACUGGUCAAACACAAACCCAAAGCUGCUGGCGGGUCUAGUAGUGAACACCAGCAGCUUGGUGUGAACACCACAGCUUUUUCACGGCCACAGAAAGUCUUGACUCUGGAAAAGUACAGAGAGAAACACGCAGCCGAGCUGGCCUUGCAGAACGGCUUGAAGGAGGAGCUCAGCACAGACAUGUACGCUCCUCCGGUCCUCUCCUCUCACCACCACAAGAAACGCUCUCAGACACAUCAGGCCAGCCAGCCAGGUGACAGCAGGAGAGAUAAAGCCAGCUCUAAAAGGCCUCGGCUCCCAGCCUCCUACGCUGAGAAUGGCUCUGCCACCAGUGAGGAGCUCAAGAUGCGAAUCAAAGUUUCAUCUGAGCGUCAUGGAGGCUCGGAGCAGGGCGGAACUCUGUCUGGAAAAGACAAGCACAAAGAGCACAGUGGUCACCGCCACUCAAAACACACCCACUCGCACUCGUAUUCCCUCAGUGGGAACAGCAGAGGGACAACGGACAAUGCCUCCUUAUCUGUACGAGCUCCCAGCAGCCACUGCAGUGACGGGAGCUCCUCCAGCUCGUCUCGUAAGAGACCUCACUCUGACGCCAGUAACCACAACCACCACCACCACUCGUCCAAGAGCAGCAGAACCUCCAAAGGAGGCCUGAACUCAUCUCACUACUCGGACAGCAGCCAGAGGAUGAUGGAUCACCACGGCCAUGACGGAACCAACGGCAUGCUGACGUCCAACGGCCAACACACUGAUUACAAAGACACUUUUGACAUGCUGGACUCUUUAUUAAGUGCCCAAGGAAUGAACUUGUAACCCUCAGAGUCCCCAGUGUUGUCUAGAAUAAGGUAUUACCAUGUUUAAUAGAUUUUAAAAAUGAAUUUAUUUGUCUUAAGUUAUCUGAAUUCUGCAUCACCCUCAGUCGUGUCUACACACUGAUUACUGAUGAUUCUUGUCAAACUGUCAAAUGUAAAAUUAUCUGCAUAGAGCUGUGUGCUACUAGCUUGCAACAGAAAAAAACUAUCUGAAAAGUUUGAGGAAUGCGGCUGGAAAAAUGGGAUUUUAAACAUUCUGUUAAUGCGAGCUGACCUUGAUUUUAAUGUGCAUGUUUUCAGUCACAAAAGGGAAGACAUAGCUAGUGUUCGCAGCCGUUGUGACAGUUUACAGACAGUUAAUGUUUUUUUUUUGUAUGUUAAAGCAUUUUGUUCCACUAAAAAUCUCAGGUCUUGAACUUUUUUGAUAUAAGAACGACUCUUCCUCUAUUUGGGUUUAUUACCUGUAUCUGUGGAGAUGUAUCACCUCGUCCAUUUGCUGACAAAGAUGGCAGAACGCUGGUGUCUGUCUUCGGUAACAUGGUCUGCUUAUUUUUCAAAGAGUGCAUCAAUAGUUCCAAACAAAUACAAAUGUGAGGUCGACUCCAUUUGCUAUCUAUUGGGACUUCCAGGGCCGCGCCUGAACUUAUUGUGCAGACUCAUAAUAGAGCAACAAAUGAAGUUUACCUUACAUCUGCUGUGAAAGUGCAUUUAAGAUAUAGCGGCUAAAAUUGCAAAAAAAAAAAAAGGCCUUGUGAUUGUACCUUGUCAAUCGCUAUUCAGUAUGAUAAAUGUUAUUAACUAUCAGAAAAUACAGAUCUCUAAAAUGAAAUUGUGUAUAUAGGACUGUAGUUCACAGUUAAAACUGUUGGUUUAUUGCAUCAGUCCAAACCUUCCUACAUUUAGUGUAUCAUGAGAUCUAAAUUAGACUCUGUAUUGAUGAGCAUAUCCUCGAUUUGUGUAUUGGGAGCCCGAAUAAAAGGUGUAAAAGUCAUUUUUACACAUUACAGUCA